GCGGACGAGAGGCGCGAGGCGGACGGGAGAAAAACGCGAAGUCUUUACCGGAUAUUUUCCUUCACAAAACAGCUUUCAUCGGUUUUAUUUGCACCAACUCAGAGUCCUGAACCUGAAGAGGAAGAAUCUGCUUUUUCACCGAAUUUAUUGGUGUAGCUACUUAACGCACAUUCCCGAUGGAUGCUGCCGGUUAAAGAUGAGUUUGCUGUCUUAACUGCCCAUCGUUCUUUUCAGGCCAGACUGUAGUGAUGCUUAAACUCCACUGUGAAUAGUUUUCUCGUUUCUCUGUUGCCGUGGACUUUAGUUUUGCUGUUGAAAGAGUAUUUCUGAGUCGAGAUGACGGAAAUCAGCGAAAAGGAGAACGAGCCUCAAAACCGAGACUUUAACCGACAGGCUACCGUACCCAGUCAGCCAGAAUCAAAGUUGCAGCGACUGAAACGCUCUUUGUCCCUCAAAUCCGUCAUACGCAGCAAGAGCGUGGACAACUUUUUCCAACGUAGCAAUGGGGAAUCGCGACCACCUUCAGCCCUUAUCACCGCACCACCCCCUCCGCCCUCUCCUCCUCCCUUCUCAGAGACUCCCCUGGCCUAUGAGCGCUCUCCCUCCUUAUCUCCAUCCAUCAGUCCUAACCCAUCAUUGUCAUCACAUUCCCCUUCCAUCAGUCCUUCACUGUCAUUUACCUCCAAAAGUCAGCCAAAGUCUCAGGCCCAACCAGUACAGCCAACCAAGACCCACUGUUUCCAGGAGCAUGUCUUCCGCAGGCCUACUAGCUGCCAGCGAUGCAAACAUAUGAUUCAAGGAAACUCGAAGCAGGGUCUUCGCUGUAAAGCCUGUAAACUAGCGGCCCACCUUUGGUGCUCCUCUGAGCUCUCCCAGCAGGCUUGUAAUGGCAAGACAGGAGCUUUUAAGAGGAACUUCAGCUCUCCUCUGCUGACCACUGAUCCACUGGGUGUAGUCACAGAGGCUCCUGCUGCCCAGGAGGCAGAUAAUGUCAUUGUGGAUCCUGUGUAUGAGGCUCUGCGUUAUGGGACAUCACUGGCUCAGAUGAGUCGCUCCAGCUUUGGCAGCGUCUCUGAAUCACCGUGCCACGAGGCAGAAAAACUGCAAGACAUACUAGAAAACCAGCCUAUUGCUGAAGAAGAACACAUUCCAGGAAUGCUCACGCCGCCUGAAAGCGAGAAGGCUGAUUCAGAAGACAGGGUCAGCCUGAAGACUCCAAAGCGAGUAGAGGUCCACUCUCUUCACACCUAUGUGGCCCUCUACAAGUUUCUGCCUCAAGAGAAAAAUGACUUGGAACUGCAGCCGGGCGACAGAGUUCAAGUGACAGAUGACGCCAAUGAAGACUGGUGGAAGGGGAAAAGCAGAGACAAAGUUGGAUUUUUCCCAGCCAACUUUGUGCAGCGGGUCCGCCCUGGUGAGCGGGUGUGGAAGGUCACAACUGGUUUCUAUGGCAACCGAGACAAGGGCCAGAUGACUGUGAAAGAGGCCCAGAUCUGUGUGGGAAAGGAUGAGGAGACUGACGGCUUCCUCCGGCUGAGCAGUGGGAAAAAGAGGGGCCUGGUUCCUGUGAAGUAUCUGCUAGAAAUAUGACAGCAGCACGUUUCGCCUUGACCCUUGAUUUGACAAAAGAGUUCACGUGAUGGAGGAAUACUCAGGAGUGUUUAGCCAGCACCUUACUAAAGCCAACCACCCACCUCCACCCCUCCCAGCGUGGCAGCGAAUUAGCAGCUUGAGAGGACGACAACCUAUAGCUUUGCUUUGCUGCAGAAGACUUUAAAGGUUAGGAAUUAAGAUACACAGGAGCAUUUUUAGAGCUACUUUUUGUAGCACAAAUUCACUUUGUGUGGUUUCAUGUACACUCACAAGAAAAAUGUAGCAUUAUUUUGAAGAGUAGGUUAGCGAGAAGGAAGUCUGGCUACCUCACUAGCCACUGGCCAACUGCGACAGAAGAGACAAAACUACUGUGUUAUGAUGUCAAGGCAUGUCCAAGCUUAAAGGCCACUUAGAGCAAACUGUCUUCAUCUUAUUGUUUUUGUAGAGAAAUCAAGACAUGAAAGACAAGCUGUUUAUUGUUGUUGUUUAAUGAGUUUGUUAGAGUCAGGUAAGUAAACAGUAUAAACCAUAAUGGAAAAGUUUUGCCUGUAAGGACUGCAGCUCACAAUGUGCAUGUUUGCUGCUGUAAUUGAAAUUUAUUUAUUUAUUUAUGUGCAGACAUGUCACUCUUUUUACAAGAAAGUGAUUCAGGUAUUAUAUUGUGUAAAAAUGUAAGUUUUUUCUGUUACAUCUUGGUCAUAUGAAAGUCACGGGGUUUACUGCAUUGCAAACUACUCUCCGGUGAUUAGAAUAUGGUGCAUUUUUGCUCCUCACAGCUCCAACGUGACAAAUGCUUUGCAUGCACCUUGGGGAGUUCUUACUUAGCCCUUCAGUCGCACUAUCUUCACAUAUUACAACACACAGAUUUUAUAUUUCACUCUCUCCCAUGUAGCUCAGCAAUUAACCAUUAAUCUUUCUCCUGUCUGUAUAUCCUGACUGUCCUCUAUCUUUAUGUAAUGUCCUGUUAUAUUAUCAUGUGUGGCUGUGACAGUCAACCUUUGUGAUGUGCUCCAAGCAGGGAAGAGCAGAGCAAAGAAAUAAUCCAAAAUGGUUUUUUAGAAGCCAAAGUCAAUGUUAUUUGUAGAAAAAAAACAAAACAAAAAAAACUCAUGGGGAGGCGGAGGGCAGAAAAGAUGGAGAAUGUUGUCAAAUUUUCAGUGUCUCAAAAAGUCAUUUACCAAAUGCCAGCUGAAUUACUUUGCUGAAUAUUCCAGCACAUAUAAUUGAUUUUAUGUCUUUGAGAAUGUAGAUAGAAAGGUGAUAAAAAGUAAAAUCCUCUCACUAUGUUUGGUUUAUUGCUCUGUCAUUAUAACCUGUACAGCAGUGACAAAACUGUCCUUAAUGUGGCAAUAACUGUGUAUAUUCAUACAUGACAGUAUUUGUAAAUAGCUUUAUGAAAAUACUGUAUAUACUGGCUCUAAAUAACACUCUAAGAGGUUUGCAGCUUCGCAGGAGCUAAAUGAGGGCAUUAAUUUCACAAAUAAUUUGCAGGAGAUUACUGUUUAUUGUCCAAUUGUACUGUAUGUAUGCAUCUCUUUGCUCAAUUACCAUCUAGCCCUGUCAGCACAAAUCUUUCCAGAUACUAUGCACAACAAAUCUAGUCACUCACUGCAUUUUGUACUCGGCUUAUUUCCAGUGAACACACACGUGUCUGUGUCAACCCAAUGCUUUAGCAAAAGUUUGAAUAUUGACUUGCAAAGUUCCUGUCUUAAAUCAGUCUACACCAUACUACUCCUGAACAUUAUCCUCACUGACUAGAAUCAGGUUUGGCUCAGGACCAGUUUUACCAGUCUUACCUAACGGCACACUGGCUAGUCCUCUGCAUGGCUAGCUGCCUUCUGAUUGUGUCAUAUCUUAAUAAAGUUGAAUGAACUCUCAA